ACUCUGCUCUCGCUCGGCGGAGAAGGCGUCCACGGCGGGACGGCCCCGUGCUUCGCCGUCGCCCGUUUUCACUUUCGCGGCGGACGUCGCCAGAGAAACCGACGGCGUUUCGCGGGAGCGCGUGCGACGGGCGACGUCGGAGCGAGCGGGAAAAGCGCGAGCACCUUUGGGGCUCGCGCCUGCGCGAGCUCGCUUGUCUCUCUCCCUCGAGUGAGUGGACGGCCGGCGGCUGUCUGUCGCGUGCUGCUGACGAGGUGCGGGAGUGAGUGGUUCCUCGACGGAUAAGUGAAUGCUCUGCGUCGACCGAGAAAUCCGCUAGUUUCUUCGUCGACUGCGGAUACGGCAGGGAAGGCGUCGACUCUCAUCGAACGAACAUCGUGUGCUUUUUCUCUUCUUUUUAAGAUGCACGGGAACUCCAAUUUUGUGCUGGCCGACACCCCUCGACGUUAGGAAUGAGGCAUUGAACGCGGUUCCACGAGUCAUGGCAGCGUGGCGCCUGCUGGUCCCGCUCUUCCUGGCAUGGGCGGCCGUGCCCAGCCGCUGCCAGGAAGGCAUUCGGGACGACAGUCACGUGGAAAACGUGGUCCACAAGGCCGUUGCAGACGAGUUCAGCAGCGAGAUUCUCACCAACAGGACCAGGGCAUACCUCUCGUGCGCUUCGGGCGAGAUGGUGGUCAAGAUCAACUUCAGCGAGCCAUUCCGGGGUAUCACGUACGUGGACUACGACAAGACGAGCCCCUGCAAGUUCUACGGCGACGGCAGCAAGUACUACGAGCUCAGGAUUCCUCUCAAAGGGUGUGGCACCAAGCAGGAGGCGCCCCGUGUGUUCAUCAAUAACAUCAUCGUCCGCUUCCACCGCUCCCUGGAGCUCGAAGAAGACGAGAUCAAGACCAUCAUCUGCCGCUACCCGCCUCCCCUGGCUCCGCCGCCUACCAAUGUGAUUGCGCCCAUAUUGGAGCCUCCACCCAUCCUGCCGGCGACAAAGCAACCCAAACUAUCUGAGAUCGAGCUGCUGCUUAUCAUCUGUGCUCUGCUCUUCCUUACCCUGCUCCUUUUGGGCAUCGGUAUCGCUUACUACUGCCUCAAGAAGCGCAACAUCAAGGUGGUCAAGAAGAAGAAAGCAAUUUCUUCCGCCCCGGCUUCGGAAAUCACCAAGUUGAGUGGAUCCACAAUGGGAACCCUGUCCAUGUUCGACCCCAUUCGUAUCCCGAGGGCUAUGGCUGCUUCCACCUCGGGCUCCGAGGCGGCAUUGCUGACACCCGUCUCCGGUUCACGUGGCGAGAGGUCUGAGACCAUCCCGUCAGACUAUCCCAGUGAGUCGCCGUCGUCAGUGUCCGACGCCGAAGAAGUUGUGGAACAGAGAGCUGUCAUGGUGUCCUCCGUUCCACUGCAGAAGAAGUACGACAAUGCGGCGUUUGUCGGGGAACCUUACCCGAUGGACGCCGAGAGAGCUGAAUCCUUGUCUUCAGUUCAGAUCCCGACUGUGUACAAGUCUGCGAUACCCAGGGCCAAGACGACUUCAUACCCGAUGGACCAGGAGAGAGCUGAGUCCAUUUCCUCGUUCCAGCAGCUGCCAAUGAUCCUGAAGACCCAGUCUGCGAAGCAGCAGCAUCUUCAGGCCAUCACGGAAAGUGAGGACCAACUAGACGCCGAGACGGUUGAGAAGAGCUACGCCGCGGUGUCGCGCCAGGCUGGACUUCCCCCGACCACUUAUCGGAUCGAACCUCCCGUUUACACCAAGAUACGUAAGAAGGAGGAGCCUCGGCCGCCGUCCAUCUACGGGAGCAUUCCGGACAACGACAAUCGAGCAGCGUCAGAGAUCAUGGAAGCCGCGCCGAGGCGAAGAGCUCCCUCUGUGUCCACGUAUGCGCCGUCCCUUUACGGUAGCAUCCCCGACAACGAUGAUUGGUCACACUCGGAGCUAGAAGCAGCAGCGGACGUCAGGCCACUCAUUCGAAAACCAAAAAUCACGACACAGAUGCUCACUGAUUACUUGGUGAGCACGCAGAACGUCACCGAUGUGCAAGAAGAUGUAACCAAACGACGACAGGACAGGAUGCGCGAUACGGUACCACGUCCACCGUCGAGCCCGCCACCAGAGUCGGAGAUUCCAGACACUUCAAUGUCUGAGAUCACUGCAAUUAACGAAACGGCUGUCGUUCCCCGCAGGCCGAAGAUCACAGUGAAGAACAUUGAUGAGGUGUUCGUGACAACGGAACACGAAACUAUAGCCACAGAACACGUAGUGAAGAGGACGAGGGACACAACUGAGCAGCUCGUAAAAGUACCACAGAGUCCGCCGAGCUGGGACGUCACCAUCAGGCACUACCCCCCGACUGGGGAAGAAGGCCCUCAACCUGGAAGCCCUCCGCGUUCGCCUCCGGCUUCGCCCACAGAGCCCGGACGCGUUGACCGGAGGACGUGGGAAACGAUCACAGAGCUGACCGACGCCACUGCCACGAGCACUGCCACUCACAUUCGUACGGGACAGCCCUUGCGUCCUGAACCAAAACCGUCCCUGGCAUCCAUUACUUCAUCUCCCCCACAGUGGGACGUCAUGAAUCGGGUCCUCAGCCCACCCCCGAUUGAAGGCGUUGAGGAGCUGACGCCAGAUGUCAAAAGAAAAUGGAGGACACUCGUUACUGUCGACGACAUCUUCCGCACCCUGGUUCAUGAGGCUACAACGACGGAGGAAUAUAUCAGGAUCAGCCACGACGUAAGGUACGAGUCGUACUUCGAAAGGCGAGUCUGGGACGUCAUCAUCCGGAUACUCACCCAGCCGGACUACAUCCACCCGCCCACCCAAGCCGAACUCCAACAAGAACUACGGCCACCGCGGUACCGAAAGAAUUUGGACCAGCCUCGCAGGAAAUCAUCACUGCCACCGGUGUUGGGCGCGGGCAUUCCGGCGGACCUCCGUUCGCUGGCCGAAUCUCAUCGUUCCAACUCCAUACCAGAUUUCGAUAUGAGGUCCAUGACAGAGAUAGACGUCGACUUCUCGCGGCUAGAGCGAGAGUCCGUGACCAGCUCCGACACGAUGAGGACAGGACACAGCAUCACAGACAGGGCGACGUCAGAGUUUCUUGAAGACAUUCCCAGCAUGGAAGGGCGCCGGGAAUCCAUUGACGGCUACCUCCCGGUCGUGGAGAGAAUGACCGCCACCGAGCGACCGACCGAGAUCGACACUGAUGACGCUCGAAGCGAUGCAACCUUCGACGUGCCCUCUGUGUCCCUUUACGACACGGAAGGAACGAGCAGAACGUUUCUUGAGAGGUCGUCGAGGCAGUACGUCCACGACGUUCCAGGUGGACAGAGCCGAAUGACUGCAGAUCACAUGCGCUUGCAGAGCUCCCGCGUUGUUCGUAGCGGAGGGCUGGAGCGUGCUCCCGACAUGGACGGUCGUGAAGAGAUCAAGUCCAUCACCGAGCAAAACAUAUACGAUUGGCUACGAUGAUCAGGAGUCACUGAACGCAGCGAGUGCUGCGAUUUUUUAACCAAGCAUUCCACCCAAGCACUGCCUCCGGAAACUGCCUUUGGGAAUUACUGUGCCACAUACGCGGAAGAAAAAGCGGACACGGACUCACGUGCUCUGGAAGUUAAGUAAAGUGAUACAGGAAUGAAAGAUGCUAGUGCUGUGAACUAACCACCUAGUUGUGCUUCACUGUUCCAAUGCAAGGAGACGGUUCGUGAUCUCUUGUUUUGUGCGUUUGGAACUGCUGCUGAACUUACAGGUUUUUAUUCGCCCAUGACGGACGAUGUCAUAACAAUGUGUUCAUGCCAUUCCAAUAGUGCUCUAUGUAAAUUUGUUAUAAAUAACGCAAAAAAGUAACCCGCCAACUCGGAUUUCCCGUUUCCGUGUUGUUGAGAAUGAAUAUGACGCGACACUAAAAUAAUCAAGGUAACCGCAAAACUAUGAAUGGAAUAUUGCUACCUUCUUCUUACUGAAGUAGCAGGUGUUAGUUUUUAGUUUGGAUCUGUCAAUCAAGACGUCCUAUUCCCAGCUAUCGAGUGGUUCCCAUUAAUUGAAGAGUCUACGACGUUGCGAUGUGUAUUAGAGCUUAAGUAUGUAUAAAUAAUGUUGCGUCGCAAUACCUUUAGGGUAUUCACUCAUGUGGAUAUCCGGGAUGGAGAUAUUGGAAGUUGAGUCUCGUUCAAUGUGUCCGUGUUUUCGCAAAGCGAAAUGGGCCUGACGAAGGACGGUCCUUCAGAGCAUGAAAUAUGUACUGCCUCUCACGAGAUGUCCGGCUAUACUGCCAUUUCUUUAUUUAUUAAUCCAAGAUUUUUUUUACCUACAAAGAAUAAACUUGUUUUACUCUA